GACCUACAGGAAGAAGGCAGACAUGCCAUCGACUCGCCGAUGUCCCCUGCCUCGGUGGACGUCCACCCCGAAGACACUGUGCUAGAGGAGAAUGAGGAACGCACAAUGAUCGACCCCACGUCCAAGGAUGACCCCAAAUUCAAGGAGCUGGUCAAGGUUCUCAUCGACUGGGUCAACGACGUGCUGGUGGAGGAGAGGAUCAUCGUGAAGCAGCUAGAGGAGGACCUUUACGACGGCCAGGUGCUGCAGAAGCUCUUGGGUGAGUCCUCGGGCUGCCGGAGGAUGGUUAGACAUGUUACCCGAAGCCGACAGGAAAGAAAACAGAAACACAGGGUGCUCGUCACCACCGUGUUUCUGCGGCCCGCGGGCUCCUGCCUCACCUGGUCUGUAGCUGCUCCCUCUUCCCUCCCCCGACCAGCCAUUCACGGGAAGAACCUGGUGGCCAUCCUUCACCUCCUCGUCGCCCUGGCCAUGCACUUCCGGGCCCCGAUCCGCCUUCCGGAGCACGUGUCCGUGCAGGUGGUGGUGGUGCGGAAGCGGGAAGGCAUGCUGCAUUCCAGCCACAUCACGGAAGAGCUGACCACAACCACUGAGUUUGCCCACCCCGUGUACAGCCCCGAAACCUCACCGAGUGCUUCUCUGCAGUUCGCAGAUGGGGUCUACCUGGUGCUGCUCAUGGGCCUCCUGGAGGACUACUUUGUCCCCCUGUACAACUUCCACCUGACCCCAGACAGCUUCGACCAGAAGGUCCACAACGUGGCGUUUGCCUUUGAGCUGAUGCUGGACGGAGGCCUCAAGACCCCCAAGGCUCGCCCUGAAGAUGUGGUAAACCUGGAUCUCAAGUCCACACUGAGGGUCCUUUACAACCUGUUCACCAAGUAUAAGAACCUAGAGUGACCUCAGAGAGCAGCGGAAACCCCUGUGCAGGGCGGGGAGGCCCGCUGGCUUCCCCUCCGAGCCAGGGUUAUCCCCGCCCCCACCCCCACUCCACCCGGCCUUUUCGGGUCGUUGCUCUCAAACUCCCUUGUGCAACUCCUGUAACUCUGCAGCGGGCAGGACCCUUGCGAAUCCGGGGUUCUGCGCCCCUGUCUCGUUGGUGCCUCCUCCAGUGCCCCGGUCGCACCCACACCUCCCAGCCCGUGGGAGGGGCACCCUGCGAUCCUCUGGACCCAGCGAUGAACCACCCCGGGCGAUGAGAACAGCAUCAGUAGCUCUACCCGAGCCGAGACUCCGCUGGACCGUUCUGGGGGAAUCUCCAUGGAAGCCAGACCUUUUCCGUAAAAA